AUGUAUGACACCAUCAACUACAACAACUCUGACUACAAUACCACCAGAUCUGAAUCGAAAGAAUAUUGUUCUCUUUGGAAGCUAUUGUCUUACAAAUGUAUAAUGUUUUCAGGUUUAUUAGUAUUAGCUAGGGAUGUUAAUGUAAGAGAAGGUAGUCCAAGUUGCAUUGUCGAGAAGCUAAGAGAUAUCGGUGCACUCUCUUUGAAUUGCAAGAACAAUGAACAAGAUGUUUUAGUCUGCCAAUCUAUAGAAGCUUGUCUUCAAUCAAAUUAUAUAAAGACAUUCAAUAGGUAUCAAAUCUUGGUUGAAGAUGGUAUACAUGAAUGUGUUCAAACCAAACCGAUAUUGUUAGACCGUAAUUUAUUUAUUGAUAUUAAACCUUUCAAUGAAUCAUCAAAAGUAUCUUUUAAAUGUAUUGGAAAUAAUUUAUUCUUAAAUUUAACAACUUCAUACUCAUUAGAAGUAAAUAUUACAGGAAUUGAAAUAGAUGGUACUUCGAAUGACCCUAGUAUUACUAGCAGUAUUAUCUAUAUAAAAAAAGAAAUCUAUUCCCCUUCUUCUAUUUCAAAGUUGAAAUUGAACAAUGUUACAGUUCUUAAUGCUUUGAUAAUAAAUGAUUCUGAACAAUCAAGUGUAGUUUCUCUUUUUGGAGUGUCAUUGGAAAUAAUAAAUUCUAAAUUUAUUAACUGUUCGUCAAAAGGUGGAGCUAUUGGUGUAUAUGGAGACGUGAGAUGUACAAUGUCAGUUUCAAAUUCUACUUUUAUAAAUAAUAAAGGAUCUUAUGGAGGUGCUAUCUAUACCGGUCCAGGUAUCAGUACCCAGGUGAAUGACUCUCAUUUUGUAAAUAAUUCGGCAACUUUCAAUGGAGGUGCACUCUACUCAACCAUGUCAACUAAAAUUUCGAAUUGCUUUUUUUCAAAAAAUAAAGCAAAUCAAGGUGGUGGUGCAGUUACUAUUAAAUCAGAUAAUUCAAAACUCAAUAAUAAUAUUUUUGAGUUGAAUUCAGCUUCAAAUGGAUUUGGUGGUUCUUUGCUUUUAUCUUCAUAUUCAUUAAAUGUUUCUAUUGGAAUAACUAAUUCAAGAUUCUCAAAUAACACUGCUGCUUUUGGUGGAGCAAUUGGAAUUACAACAACAGGAGUAUUUGAUUUUAUUGGUACUGAAUUUAUAGGUAAUGAUGCUUUAAUUUCAGCAGACAGUAUAUAUUUCCCUAAUAUCUAUUAUAAAAAUAUAAAUUUUACGGGUGGUAGAUUUAUUUCUUCAAAAGAUACAAAGAAUUUCCCAGACUACUAUGACACAGUAUUAAAAUACGAAUAUUUCAAUGAAACUUCAAAAGAUUGCCCUUUCGAUUCGCAAGUUUUCUUUUAUCCAAAUUCAAUACUGAGUAAAUGUUUAAAGAUUGAAUACAAUGUAUUUAACACUACAGAACUUCCAGGAAAUAACUCUCAGAAUUAUACUACUAGUGGCAGUUUGGAAGAAUUUAACUUACCUGGAAGAGGUUCUGAAGAAUUGAACACAAAAAGUGGAAGUUCAGAAGAGAUAUAUCCUAACCAAAGAAGUGGAAAUGAUGGUUCAGAAGUAAUUAAACCAUUAACCAACUCGGGCUCCCAAUUAUCAAGCGAUAUUAACAAAUGUUUAUAUUUUGCUCUUUCAUUAAUUGCUUUCCAAAUUAGAUUCUAUAUUUUAUAA